UCAUCUUUCUCCAGAAAAAACCUAAGCCUCUGCCUCUCUCUCUCUCACACAGACGGCGGCGUGGCUCUCUCACUCUCUCUCUCUCUCUCUCUCUCUUUCCGGCCGCAGCUACAAGAUCAACUCGAUUUGCUGAGAGUACCUUGGGAAAGUUGAUGGCAGGCAAAGCCUCAAAAUCUGUUGUGAAAGCAAUUGGGGACUGCCAGUACCCAUGGCGGGAGAAAUUGGCAAAAUACAAGCAUGAGCUAUCCAAGGGUGUAUGGGGUUACUGGGAACUGGGGGCCUGGAAGCCCCUUGGCAUCAGUGCUCGUCAUAGAGCUAGACUCCGCAAGGAGGUCCUCCUUGCAGGGGAAGAUUGGCCAUAUGAUCCGGAGAGGAAAGAGAUGAGAACCAAGAGGAAAGGGCACAAAUGUGAUAGAAUUGCUGCAGAAAAACGAGAAAACACUGCCAGACUGAUGCAGGAGAUGCCACAAAUGUUGUUGGAUUACAAGAAACGCAGGUGGGAAAAGAAAAUGAAGGAAGAAGACAAGAACAAGUGAACGGCUCUCUCUCUUGCUGAGAAAGAAAAAAGAAAAAGAAAAAGAAUGGUUCUUUCUCUAUCUUUUCUUUUCUAGUGACAUGGUUCUUCAUGGUUAGGUCUUUAUUACAUUUCAUAGACUUGGCUUAUAAACUUUGUUUUAAUGCGCAUACUUGCAAAGUAUUUUUUGGAGAAAUUUGUUGUGCGGUGGAGUGCACUUUUCAGUUUCCUCCCCUCAUUUCAUCAGCUAUUUUCGGAACAGAAAUGUAUAAUUUAAUCACCAAUGCUUAUUCACUAAGCAAUUUGUAAUUGAACUUUUAGUUAACGGCUACCAAGCAAGAUGGCUGACCUGUUCACCUUUUGAUGAACUACUUAA